AUGGCGGAGGCUACUGACCAGAUGCGUAAGUUUGAUUUGAUUGAAUUUAAGACGGGUGACGUAUUGAUGAUACUCGCACAGGGGGCGACGACCAAAGCUAUGAAACCACUGCUUUGCCCAUACUUCAUUCAUAGUCGGGAGAAUCAGAGUUACUAUUUGCGGGUGAAGGAUGUAAGUAAGCCACCUGAACUCAACGACCGUCCAGUUAUUGAUGAGAUUAUCUGA